AUGGACACAGACAUGGGGAUGGACACAGAGACGGACACAUGGACACACAGACAUGGGGAUGGACACACAGACAGGGAGCAGACACAGGGACACAGGGAUGGACACACGGACACACAAAUGGACACACGGACAGGGGAUGGACACGUGGACAUGGGGAUGGACACACAGAUGCAGGAUGGACACACGGACACAGAGAUGGACACAUGGACACACGGACGGGGGAUGGACACAUGGACAUGGGGAUGGACACACAGACAGGGAGCGGACACAGGGACACGGGGAUGGACACACGGACACACAAAUGGACACACGGACAGGGGAUGGACACACAGAUGCAGGAUGGACACACUGACAGACAUGGGGAUGGACACAUGGACACAGAGACAGACACAUGGACACACGGACAGGGGAUGGACAUAUGGACAGGGGAUGGACGCAUGGACAUGGGGAUGGACACACAGGGAGCAGACACAGGGAUGGACACAUGGACACACAAAUGGACACACGGACAGGGGAUGGACACACAGGCAGGGAGCAGACACAGGGACACGGGGAUGGACACACGGACACACAAAUGGACACACGGACAGGGGAUGGACACACGGACAGGGGAUGGACACACGGACAGAUCUCCAGCAGGCACAAGCCCACAGACAGUCCCACAGAGGGACCCCAGCGACAGUGACAGCCCUGGGUGGACACACGGACAGAGCCACAGACAGACACACGGACAGAGCCCUGGAUGGACACACGGACAGACAGAGAGAGCUCAGACCUCCCAGACACACGGGCAGAGCCCCGGACAGACACACGGACAGACGCACAGACUCACGGACAGAGCCCUGGAUGGACACACGGACAGAGUUCUGGACAGAGCCCAGACCCCCAUGGACACACGGACAGACCACUGGAAGGACCCACGGACACGCAGACAGACCCCCAGACCCAUGGACAGACACCUGGAUGGACACACGGACAGACACACAGCCAGAGCCCAGUGUGCCCCCAGAGCCACGGCCAGAGCCCCAGACGGACCCACAGACAGAGCCCCAGACAGACAGAUGCCCAGACGGGCCUUCAGGCCACACCCCCCAGGUGUGACCCCGCUGAGACCCCGCCCACCGGGACGACCCCCACAAUGGGGGCCCAAAGGGGCGUGGCUCUUUCAGGGCGUGGUUUGUUUGGGGGUGUGGCCUUCUGGGGGCGUGGCUUUUGGUCAUGGGCGUGUCUUGUGUCAAUGAGCGUGGCUUAUGUGCAGGGGUGUGACUCGUUGAGGGGCGUGGCUUUGUUAAUGGGCGUGUCUCACAGUUUGUUAAUGGGCGUGGCUUUUGUUAAUCGGCGUGCCUCUGCGCCGAGGCGCGGUUUCUUGAGGGGCGUGGCUUUUGCAGGGGCGUGGUUUUGUUAUCAGGCGCGGCGUUCGUUCGGGGGGGCGUGGUUUAUCGUGUGGGCGUGGUCUCUCCCUUUGCUCCUCCCCCUCCCUCCGCCAGGGGGCGCCGCAAUAAAAAAAAAA